AAGGCGUUCAAAAUAUAUAUAUAUAAUAUACUGUCGUCUCAACCAUGAAGUCGACGACUAUUUCCUAUUGAAAAACUCAUAAUUUCUUGUUAUUGUCGUCAAUACACCUGUAGUUUUUAAUAGGUGAUAGUUCACCUACAGGUUACCCCAAAAAAAAGUCAUAAUAAUAAUAAUACUGAUGAUUAUAUAAUAAUAACUGGUGUUUAUCUGUCUGUGUGUGUGUGUGUGUAUGUAUGUAUGUGUGUGUAUGUGGGAUAUCCCGUCCACUAAUACGACUACCACUACUAAAUGUGUUCAAAGUAUAGCCAAAAACAACCAAAAAAUUCACAACAAAUCGUCCGAACCUUCCGAUAGUUAAUAGUUAGCCGAUAGCCCCUCACACCCCCCGAUAAUAAUGACUGAACGCCACCGUAUGACCGAUGCCCGUAUCGCCGCCCUAGUGGUCACUGCCAUUUGUUCCGUGUCGACACUUAUCGGGUUUGUUACGCCCAAUUGGCUGGCCUCCGAUCGGCGACUAUACGGUGCAAAUUUUGUUAAGCUCGGUCUAUGGGAAACAUGUUUCCGAUCCUAUCAUAACCCCGAUGACUACGAUCUGACCAAAUAUUAUUCGGGUUGCCGGUGGAUAUUUGCCGACGAAUACUAUACUAUUAGACAUCUAUUGAUGCCAUCCUUUUUCAUUGCCACCCAAGUCUUAUAUACAAUUGGUUUCAUAUUUUUGUUGGUCGCCUGUAUCGGCGUACUGGCCAUUCAGCUAUGUUUUGUUAUCGAUCGGGAAAUAUUUGCAAUGAAAGUCCUAUCGAUUACAAUGUUUUUGGCCGCCUUAUUUACGACAAUAGCUGUACUAAUAUUCGGUAUUAGAGGCGACGAUCGUGAUUGGAUGCCCGAUCACGACCACAAUUUCCUGUCCUGGAGCUACGGUCUGGCCGUAGUCGGCGUCUUUUUCGAGUGGAUGUCGGCCAUAUUGUUUUGGGCCGAAAGCCGUAUACUUUACAAGAAAGAGCUCAAACGGGAACAACAGAUGUUUAAUAUGGAGCCGACAAACAUCAAGGCUUAGUGGGGGUGUGGGGGAGUGGGAGGAGGA